AUGACCCUCAAGUCAGACAAACCUUCUACGCGCACUUCGCUCAGCUUACCAACAAGCGAACGACAAAGGACAGCUCCACAGUCCGCUCUCGGGUGCUACAAUGCUAAAUUGCUUCAUCGGGGAGCGGGCGAAGAAGACAUCAUCGGAGAACGUGUCUUUCGAGGGACCUUUCCGAGCCGGCACGCCUCGCAGGGGGCGCGCCCGCCGGCCGAGCGCCGGGCCAGCAUGACGUCGCAGGUGUCGAGGGCCCUCGCCGCGUGGCUCGUCAAGGGCGCAGGGGCCUCGGAGGAGAGGCAAAAGGCGGCGCCGGUGAGCGGCAAGGACGCGUUCGAGGCCUUCGUCGACGGCAGAAGCAUCCGUCAGGGGAGAGCUUCGAGCGCCUGGUUGAGCUGUCCAGCGCUUGCCGGUCGGAG